GGUCCGCAAUGGUGAAAAUUGACUUGGACAAGAGAGUGCUGCUACUUCCACAUAAACACAUGAAUACGUGGAAUAACCCCCCCAUCAUACAUCCCACUCCCACCUACUAAUAUGCGGAGGGUGAGGGGCAGCCCCACAGAAACCCGAUGAACCACACCUGAGGAGGCAAACAGGAAGAGCAGUAGAAGUUGUUUGGCAGCAACGGCAGCAGGAGCAGUUUCAGAGAGCCAACCAAUCCAGGGGGGCCUUCACCUCUCCACCCUAUCCCAGACCAGAUCAGACCAGUCCAGAUCAGAACCAGACCCAGACCAGAACGAAACCAGUUCAAACCAGACCAGACCAGACCAGUCCCGAUCAAGUUGUUCAAGGUGUAACGGACUGAGAGAUGAGGGGUAGGGCUCUCUGACCCCUGACACUAACAAGGUGGUGUAACCUCCAACCCCUGUGGCUCCUCCGAUGUUCUCCAGAAAGGACAGCCUUCCCUCCCCCAGCUUGGAAGACUCCUUCUUCCCCCUCUCCUCCACCUCCUCCCAUUCUCUCUCUCUCGCUUAUCCCUCCUCCUCUUCCUCCUCAUGCUGCCAGGGUGGGAGUGGCUCCAUGGGGAAGGCGGGGUUAAAGGCAGAGCUGGAGGCAGGUCUAGAGACAGAUCUGAUCCUGGCUGCUGAGUUGGGCCAGGCUCUGUUGGAGAGGAAUGAAGAGCUGGCCGAGGCACUGACACAGAGAGACAGACAUGUAGAGGUCCUGCAGCAGGAGAAGCAUGUUCUCCGGAGGAGAUUGGAGGUAUGUGAACUGUCGUCACAACAGAGAGAGGCGGAGCUAACCUCCGAACUCUCCUCCUUACUGGCCGAGCUGGACCGACAUCACAGCCGGGGGCAGGGCCAGAAGCGGGAGGAGAACACACAGCUGACUGAGCUGGCCAAUCACAACCACCGCCUGGUGGAAGAGUUGGCAGAGGCGGUGUCAGUAGAACACUCAUUGCGUGUGGAACUCCGUUCACUCCGAGAAGAGAUGGAAGACUCCUCCCUCAGCAAAACCAUUAGUUCAACACAACUAGACAACACACAAGCAGAGAACAGGGUGUUGAAGGAGAGGCUGGGUAAUAUGGAGGAACAGUUGAGGCUGUGGCAGGAGGACUGUGAUAGGCUGAGAGGAGAGAGGGAGAGGCAGAGAGACACACUGACAGAUCUACAGACCAAUCUGAGAGAGAGAAGACCAGGUGAGAACACAGGGUUGGAGCAGGAACAGAGUGUGGUGUUUGAGUUGCGGACACUAAGCCGUUCUCUAGAGCGGAGAGUCCAGAGGCUGGAAGAGGACACCAGUCUGGACAACACACAUACUCGCACACACCCUCUGUCCCUGCUCAGUGAGAUACAGCAGACUCAGGCUACAGAGACACUGUUGGCCCACUCUACCAUCCUACAAGACAAAGACCAGGAGAUAGACACACUGAGAGAAAAGCUAUGCUCCAGAGAGGCGGAGCUUGAUUCUCAGGAGGAGCUACAGCCAUUCAGGAGCUGUCAAGGAAAACCCAGCUACAGCUCCCUGGAGAGCGAGGUGUGUACGGUGCGAGCGGAGAGAGACAGUCUGACCCAGCAGCUGCUGAACACCAUUCAACACAAGGUGGUGCUGUCGCAGGAGGUUGACGCAUGGCAGGAGGACAUGCGGCUGCUGAUAAGUCAGCAGGUGCAACAGCAGGCAGAGGAGAAGAGAGAAAAAGGAACGAGAGAAAGGAGCAAGAGGAAGGGGCUGCAGAGAAGCCGGUCCAUGAGAGUCAGAGGAGAGAGAGGGAAAGGAGGAUUCUUCUCUUCUCUCUUUAAAGGGGAUGAAUAG